UUCAGCUAAUAGGAACGUACGAAAUGGCAGCUGUAGAAACUGAAUUUCUUCGAGAUCAAGUCCAAAGAUUGAAAGAACAGCUGAAAUAUUAUGAAGAUAAAGCGCAUCCUGAAUAUGAUGCAUUUAAGACUCGUGGACAUUUCAGAGAUAAUGCGACUGUAAAACCAAGCUUUAGUGAGAAAAGGAAUGUGGAUUUCCUAAUUGGAGACUAUGACAGACAUAGUGAAGAAAUGAGUGAUCAACUCCGUUUUUAUCAGGCACAAAUGGGUGAAAUGAGAUUAAAGCUAGAAAGCAUAGUAAAAGAGAAUGAGAAGCUUCACCAACAAUUAAAAGAGUCCCUGGAGAAGCAGCUGGAAUCUCUCCCUACUGAUGCUGCCCUGGCUAGUGAGGCAUUUACAGAACAAGAAUUGAUUAAAAACCUCCAGGACCAACUGCAACUUGCAAAUCAAGAAAAGGAGAAUGCCUUAGAGCUGUGGCAGAUGGUUUCACAAGAAAUGGAUCGCCUGCAGCAGCUGUACCAGGAACACAUGACUAAUGCCCGCAUACACGUGGCAGAGAGAGAGAAGCAAAAGGAAGAGCUAGCAAAGUUCCAGCAGCUAACUAAACAACUUCACGGGGCUCAUGAAAAAGUGGAACUGACAAACCAACAGUUUCUACAUACUGUGAAUGAACAGCAAAAAGAAAAUGACCAGCUACAGAAGCAGCUCAGGCAGGCAAAAGUGGACUUAAAAGUAGCAACUAUGAAGAUUGAAGAACUGACUCAAAUAAUGGAAACUAUGGAGAGCCAAGCAAAAAAAAGAGAAGAAGAGGUGUUGGCAGCCCGGGGCAAGGAAGAAACAUCAGACAAACGGGUGCAACAGCUCCAGACUGCAGUAACGCAAUUAGAAAUCAGGUUGAAAGCAGCAGUACAAGAUGCAGAACAGUUAAAAGGGGAAAAAACACAAUUGGAAAAACACAUCGGGGAGCUACAGGCAAAAUGUUCAGAAAUGGAACAAGAGAAAUAUGAAGCUAUUUCCAGAGUGCGAGACAGUAUGCAGAUUGUAGAGGAAGCCAACAUUGUGAAAAGCCAGGCACUUUUAAAAGAAAAGCAAAAGCAGGGAGAGAUAGAAAAAAUGAAGGAAGUAAUAGCCAAGAUAAUUCAGGAAGCUGCAAUGAGAACUCGAAAAGAGGUGCAAAACGCCAAGAAACUCUCCAAUGUACAGAUUUUGCGGUUGACUGACGACAUCUCUGCUUUGCAAACAGAAUGUAGUGAGAAGCAGAGUCUUAUAGAACGUCUUUUAAGAGAGAAGCGAGCUGCAGAGGAAGAGCUGGACAAGGUGUAUCGAGAAGGCCGGGUAAGCGAGAAAGAUUAUAGAAAGCUAGAGGAACUACAACAGCGAUGUCUGAUUGCAGAACGCAGUAAAGAUGACCUCCAGAUAAGCCUGCGCGCAGUACAAAAGAAAAUAAAACAAUUGCAACUGAACUCUGAGGAGGAGCUGUCCAGAUGUCAGGAAACUAUUCAAAAGCUGAACGAAGUUUUGGAGUCAGAAAGAAAAGAGAGCAGUUGUGUGAGCGAGGAGAGGCUAAAGCUGGUGCAGGGGAAUGAACACUUACGAAAAGAAGUGGAAGAGUGGAGGAGGUCUGCCAUGGAGGCGCAGCAAAAACUCAAAUUUCAGUUAAGCACCAUGGCUCAUGAAUUUUCUGUGAAGGAGCAAGGCUAUGAAGUACAGCUAGAGGAGAUGGAAGACAGCUGCCGAAAGUCCAUGCAAGAGCUUAUGAGGCUACUGACGGCCCAGCGAAAAACAAGCUACAAAUGGAAAGAAGAGACAAAUAACCUAUCCCAAAGCACAGAGAACAGGCUGAGAAAACUACGAAGGGAAAUAAAAAGAGAAAAACAGCAAAAACAUGAGUUACUUUCACAGUUAGAAGCCAGCCAUGAGAAAAUGUUUGAGCUGGAAAAAAUGAUUGCUGAUUUACAAGAAAAAAGCACCAGACUUCAGAAACGUCUAAACAAAGCGGAGGAACAAGCGGUGCAGGCAUCAAAACAGCUUAAUCUUGUUGUUUCUGAGAGGAGAAAAGCUUCUCACAAACUGGACCUGGGAAACAUCUAAAAAUAACUGUACAUCUGCUAUAAUUGGGAUGAUAUAACCCGCAGUGCCAGCGAGGGAGAACAUGAAAUUGAUGGCUUCUUGUCUGCAGCUCAGUGGACAACCAUGAACUUCCAAACUUGAUAUGAGAACUAAGCAACUUAUGAUUUGA